AUGGGACCCGUUCCGCUUUCAGUUUCGGGUGCGGAAUCGAGGUUCAAUUCAACAAUUUGUCGCUUGAACUCUCUUCUCUUGAGCCGAAACAGCGUCCCAAAUCAAAAGCUACAAGUACAAAUUCAUGAAUAUGAAAUAAGUUCCUACACUCACGUGAAGGAAUGUCAACAGAACAAAUACAAUUGCAGUAAAAUGUUAGCUAUAAAAUAA